AAGCACUGGAUUAUAAAAUUGUGUAGUUCUCUUUAGUACUUUAGUGCCUCACUUCCUGUGUGAUCUUCCUGAGGGGGUGGAGUGAAUAUGUGUGCAUGUGUGUGUGUGCAUGUGUGUGUGUGUGCAUGUGUGUAUUUAGGCUACUUUAUCAGUGUGACCCAGCUGUGUCUCUAAAACACUGCUGUUAUUGCAAGAGCGGACACCAUCCUUCUGUUGGGCCCCUCUUACACAGAGAAGAUAUUUAUAUACUGUGCGUGCUGGUAUGGAGUGUGUGUUAUUUGGCCUGCUGGUUCUCGUCUAUAUGCUGGGAGCUGAUGUAGGUGAAGCUGAGGCUGUAUGUCCUCAGGGAUGUUUCUGUGCAGGUGCCUUGGUGGACUGUAGCAGGCGUAGCCUCACCACCGCAACGCUGCCUUCAUCUUUCCCUGAGAGCACCACUGAGCUUUGGCUCCAUGAUAAUCAGCUCACAGCACUGCCCGCUGGACUGUUGGACAACAUGCAGGCAUUGCGAGUGGUCACGCUGCAUGGAAAUCCGUGGGAGUGCGAUUGUGCCGUGCUCUAUCUGAGGGGAUGGCUGUUAAAACAGAACAAUGUUGCUUUGAUAAGAAAUGUGAGCUGCAUUUCUCCUCCUGAGCUGCAGGGGAGACAAGUGGCCUUACUGUCUGAGGAAGAGGUGCUUGACUCCUGUAAUUAUUGGCUGUGUGAUAUGGCCUUGGCCUCACAGAUCAGCUUGUUCAUCUUUGUACUGGUGCAGGCAAUCCUCCUCGCUGUGGUGGUCUACUUCCUCCGCCGUUUCAACCAGUUGAGCUACGAUGCACAGCGAGCAGCUGCAGAGAGCUUUCACAGCUGAGAGCCAAUCCAAGAAACACUGGCUUGCUUUCACCACUGUUUUACUUGUCCUCAUCAACAGCUUGUCACUAUUUCCCUCAGGGAAUCCCUGUUGCUAUAUUAAGGCAUGUAACCUUUAUCCAGCCAGGUGCAGGGGUAUUGUAUGAGUCAUGAACAGAGAUAGAGAUAAAAGUGAAAUAAUCUGAGACUCCAUGUGCUGAUUCUGUUUGAAGGCAUCCUGAACUGACACAAUGUCUGGAAUUAAUGUGGCAUCACAGGAAUUUAGUUCUUCAUGUCUGGAAGAUCUGUGCAUGUUAAAGUCAUUCUGUCUGCCCUGUAAUAUUAGUACAACAAUGCUGUUAAAAUCAUCAAAUGAUCAAAAUAUGCUCCAACACUGGUUACUGCUACUCUAUAUUCUCAUAAGAGAAGUAAUUAAGAGAAACUCUUUUCAGCCAGCAUUACUACAUCUGUACAUAUGCUUUUCACAUUCACAGGUACAUUCUUAAAUAAAAUUGCAUUAGUGAAUUGAUUGUGCCACUCUCUAUGAGGUACAAUGAACUGUACAAGACCCAUGAACAAAUUCAUCGCACCAGCUCCCUUAAAAUAAAAUUCUAAUAAAACAUUUAAGGAUAUUCGCUUGAUAAAUAAUAUAUUUGCCUACUAUAACAAUGUAAUAAUACAUGUGACUACCUAGCACUGUCAAAACAUAUCAACACAACCAACAUAAAACCUGUUUUCCCCCAAGACUCAGAAUUCCAGAACUGACUAGAAACUUUUGUAGCAGUGUUUAGAGUCUCUCUAAGUACAGUGUUAAUACAGAAUGCUCUCUUUGGCUACCAACUCAGUGUGACCAAAUCUCUGGAGAUUUCUGGAAUGUGGGAGCAGAGUCUCCAGCACUCACUGUAGCUACUGAUGAGAAGACGUUGAUGACAGCAUGUUGAAAACAGUAGUGAAAUGAGCCAGUGAGAGACUUGAAAUAUGAAAUAGCAUUUGAAAUGUUUGUGGCAGUCAGCAAAUUCAGUUUUGGUGAAAACUAUGAAUUGUCCCAUAUGCAGUGUAAGCAUUCACGCUGCAGUCGUACUGUAUGCUCUUCAUGAAAUAUGUCUGAAAUGGAGCUUCUUUUCUUUCUUUCUUUCUUUCUUUCUUUCUUUCUUUCUUUCUUUCUU